UGCCCAAGAAGACCAUGAGGCAGAACGGAUAGCAAGGGAGCAGAAGAUCCGAGGUCUCGAAGAGGAGCUGAACGGCUGCCAGGGGAGGAGGAAGACCACAGAACACGAGGUGGAACAGUUCAGGGCGGCUGUCACCAAGUAUAAAGAGGAAGGGUACAGACUCAGCAAUAUGGAAAAAGAGGUUAGACAUACGCUGGAAGAAAAGAAAAAUCAGCUCAGAAAUCUGCAGGAUGCGAGAAGCGAUAGAUUAAAAAGGUUUGGUGCGUGGGUACCCACCCUGCUAGAGAAGAUAGAGGUGGCACAUAGGCAGAAUAGGUUUCACCAAAAACCCAGAGGACCAUUGGGGGCUUGUAUCCAGUUAAAGGACCCGUCCUGCGCUCUUGGUGUCGAGUGCUGCCUCAAGAAUCUCAUGCAUUCCUAUUGCUGCACAGACUAUCACGACGAGAAAAUCCUCAACCAAAUCAUGACGCAAGUUUGCCCCAAGGGCAGGCCCAAACCUACUAUCAUAGUCAGCAGGUUCUUGGAACAUGUGCAUGAUGUUAGCCAGUUUCGGUCGCGCUGUGAGUUUCCCACUGUCCUGGACAUGUUGGAGUUGGAUGAUCCUGUUGUUGCCAACGCUCUGGUGGAUCAGCGAGGCAUCGAGAAUGUGAUAUUGAUCAAAAAUGCCGUCCAGGCUCGACAGUUCAUGGGCAAGAAUAAGGAUCGGAAUACAAAAGAGGUUCAGCCAUCCAACCAGUCAGCAGAGGGUGCCAAAGACAUGAGGGCACUGUCUGGGGGUGAAAGGUCAUUCUCUACCGUCUGCUUCAUCUUAGCAUUAUGGGAUGCCAUGGAAUCUCCUUUCAGGUGUAUGGAUGAGUUUGAUGUCUACAUGGACAUGGUGAACAGAAGAAUAUCUAUGGACAUGUUGAUGGAGGUAGCCAAGAACCAGAAGACUCGUCAGUUCAUAUUUCUGACACCACAGAACAUGAGCAACCUACAGCCGAGUCCCACCCUGAAGAUCUUCAAGAUGCCCGACCCGCAGAGAGGAUCAGGGGUGAUAGAAACCACCAGAGAACAGGAAGAGGAGCAAGAGGCUAUGGCAACUUGAGGAACAAAUCACAAAUUUCUCCCAGUUGACUGCAAUGUUGAAUGGCAGAGAUAUCUCCCACAAUUUCUUUGCAAUGUUUUCUGGAUUCUG